AUGAAGUUGUUCGGCUUCGGGAGCCGCAGGGGCCAGACGGUCCUGGGCUCCAUAGACCACGUCUGCACGGGUUCCGGGUACCGAAUCGGGGACUCCGAACUGCAGAAGAUCCACAAGGCGGCUGUCAAGGGCGACGCCACGGAGGUGGAGCGCUGUCUGGCGCGCAGGAGCGGAGACCUGGACGCCCUGGACAAGCAGCAAAGAACAGCUCUACAUUUGGCCUGUGCCAGUGGCCAUGUGAAAGUGGUCACUCUCCUGGUUAGCAGAAAAUGCCAGAUUGAUAUCUGUGACAAAGAAAAUAGAACGCCUUUGAUACAGGCUGUCCAUUGCCAGGAAGAGGCUUGUGCCGUUAUUCUGCUGGAACAUGGCGCCAAUCCAAACCUUAAGGAUAUCUACGGCAACACUGCUCUCCAUUAUGCUGUGUAUGGUGAGAGCACCUCACUGGCAGAAAAACUGCUUUUCAAUGGUGCGGAUAUUGAAGCACUGGACAAGGUAUAG